AUGCGAAGGGGACAACUGCUUGAUGCCGAUGAUGAACAAGAAGAAGAUGACGACGAUGAUGAUUUUGACGCUAACGUUGUAGCUGAUGAAUUAAACGAAGUGCACAUAGACGAUGUGAACAACGUUAACGACGAAAGUGUGAGUCUGGCAGUUCGCAAAGUCAAGAGUGAGUGUAAUAACUCCAAUAACGAUAACAAUGAGGACGAUGGGGAUGAUGAAGAUAAUAAUGACGAUGACGACAACGAUGAAGAUGACGACGAUAAUAACAAUGACGAUGAUGAAAAUGACGAGAACGGCGACGAUAACUAUAGUGAAGACGAUGACGAUAAUAACGACGACGAUGAUGAGAACGAUGACGAAGAAGAUAACAAUGAUGAACACGAGGACGAUGAAGAAAAUGAUGAUGAAGUCGAUGACGUCGAAAAUGGCGAUAAAAAUAUUGACAAUAACGAUGACGACAAUAAUAAUGAAGACGAUGAUGAAGAUAAUGAUGACGAAUAUGAUGAAAAUAAUGAUGAUGAGUACGAUGACGAUGAAGAAAAUGAUGAUGAAGUCGAUGACGUCGAAAAUAUUGACGAUAGGGCGCUGAUUGCUUUUGGCAUCAAGAUGCAUACUAAAGACGACCUCAUUUUGAAGCAGAUCAUUGCCGACGAGAUGAUUCAGAUGUUUAACGACAACAGAGACGAGCUCCGAAUGCAGGCCAAACAGCAGAUAGCGACUAUUCAAGAUGAGAAUAAGCGCUCCUACAAUCUUCGACGAAAGCCAGCUAUAACUUACAAAGUCAACGAUCUUGUAGCUAUAAAACGCACUCAACUAGGAGGUGGGCUUAAAUUAAAAGCUAAAUAUUUUGGCCCCUACCGUGUGACGAAAUCAAAACCGAAUGAUACCUAUGAUGUAACCAAAGAUGCGGUGUUCUAUGAGGGACCGAGACAAACUACCACAUGUGCGGAAUUUAUGAAACCAUGGGUUCUAGGUGGCGACUGCAACGACGACGCAUUCGAGGCGAAUGCAUGA